GCCUUGUGCGCCUGCUCGGCGGCGGCAGCGGCCGGGAAUGGCGGCGGUUUUGGAGCUGCUGCUGCGCGAGGAGGUGGCGGUCGGCGCCGUGCUGCGCUGGCUCCGCCAGGGGCCCGGGCACCGCCCCGCUGAGGAGAACCACAUCCAUGACAAGCUGGUGUCUCUCAGUUUGCUUCAGAAAGACUUUGUGCCUUUUCUGCUGAACUUUUUAAGGGAGCAGACCAGCCAGAUCCUGACUAAUGGACCCUCUACUCCAGCUAAAACUCCCAAUUCCAAGGCCCAUGGGAGCCAAAGGACAGGAUCAGAAAGGAGAGCAGGCCAUGCGACUAGCAGCCGAGUGCAGCUGUUUUCCCAAAGGACUUCGGUGACCUCUUGCACCACAGAUACCAGCUUUUCCCCCGCUGCUGCAUCCAGUGGCUCUUCUUCCUUUUCAGGGUCAAACCUGUCAAGCCCUUGCAGCGACUUCCCUAGCAUGGCCUCCAGUAGCAGCCCGAGCUUUGGGUACAGCCCUGUGCUUAACCACAGCGAGAGGCGCUCAUCUCAGAAGGCCAGCCUGGGGAGCUUCCUGACAGCUACGCCUGAAGCCCUGCCAGCGAGGCGAGGCAGAAGGAAAGGCGGCAGCGCAGUCAGCGCUUCUGGCCGGCAGGUGCCUCGGGAUCUGGGGCGUUCCCUUGCUGAAGAGGAAGAUGGAAAGAAUGACACUCCCUCGUGGAGUGGAGGGAGAAGAAAGCGGAGUGAAGUGCCUCUUGUUUCUGCUAGAUCCCCACCCAGCCAGCUAAAUCUUAACAACCUGGAGGAGUUUCCACCUAUGGGUGCAGCCUCUGGCUGGACAAACAAAAGUAAGCCGUCAAGGAGAAUCAACCCCACUCCUGUAAGUGCCGAGCGCCCCCUUUCAAAGCCAAAGACGUGCUUCACUUCUACACCUGUCAGCCAGUCUCCAGCUGCUCGGUUUUCAUCUGGGUCAAACCUUGAGGCCUUUAGUACUGUCCAGGAAGGAAACCUUACUUCUGUGAUAAGCAGCAGCCUUCAAGAGGAGAGGGAGAUGCUGAAGAAAGAACGAUGCAAGUUGCUGCACCAGGCGUCUUCUCCUGCAGGGAUAUCUCUUGAUCCUGGUACUCCUACUAAGCCUAGUUACACUCGCAGUGCAAGCCUUCCUGCUGAGAGCCAUCUGGUGACCUGUGCGGAUCCUGCUAAGGUUUCUUGCAAGAAGCAGUUGGAGUGUCUGGCACGGCUCUACUCAUCAUGCAUAGCAGAAAACCUGGUACCAAAUAUUUUUCUGGAGCUUUUUUUUGUUCUGCAGCUGUUAACAUCUAAAGGCACUUCUACUGCAGAAGAAGAAGAGGAGACUGACCUUGAAGUUAAUGAAAGAAGUAAAGAUGCAUCGGGGAGACAGCAUUUCCGAAGUGUGCACAAUUGUGUUUACUUUGCUGUUCAAGUCUUGGAUUAUCAAUAUGAAAUUAUUUCCCAUUUAGAAAAGGGGACACUGAAGUUCUUGGCUGAAAAUGAACGGAUUGCAUCUUUUUCUCCUACCUUGCAUGAGAGGCUCAGGCAGGCUUAUGAAAGCAGCACAGCCAAGGUCUCUCUUCUGCUGCCAUGCUCUGUACAAUCUGUUUCUUUCCAGCCAGAAACUGACAAUCGCUCUAACUUUCCCAGUGACAGAGCAUUUCACAUAUUUAAGAAACAAAGGGAUAUCUUUUACGAACUGCUGCGUGAAUGGGAGGAUAACCAUGAAAAAACUGGCUGGGACUUUGAAAGAGUUCUGGGCAACAAGAUAAGGGCCAUGAUGGCUCACCUGUCUGCAACCUGCAACCACAGCCAUUUUGCCAGGCUCUUUCAGAAACAGCUCAUCCAGAUGUGUAAAGGUCCUGUUGGUGGUGGCGCAAGCUGGGGAGACACCCCAGACCAGGAUGUCCUUAACAUGCUGGGUCCUGAUAAUCUGAGCCGUCUGAAGAGGUUGCAGGAAAGAUUUGUAGUUCCCCAGAGCAUCAGAGGACCUUGCCCACCCCCUUCAUUCCCAGGGUGCCAGCAGUUCUUCAGGGACUUCAUCCUCAGCGCAGGAAGUUAUCAGUUCAAUCAGCACCUGGUGGAUAGCCUGUGCCUGAAGAUACUUGAACUAGAUGGCCUUACUCUGGUAGAGCAUGAGCACAGUGAUGGGGAAGCAGAUAUGGAUGAACAGGAUGAAAAGAAGCGUUUUACUGUGGUCUUACUAAGCCUGAGGCUCCUUGCCAAGUUCCUGGGGUUUCUUGUUUUCUUGCCAUAUCGCACUGUGGAACAGCCAACUAGAGACCUGCAAGACUCUGCAGUAGCAUUAAGGAACCAAACCCUGCCUGUACUGGAUGUACUGAAGCUUCUGAGACGAUCUAUUCGGGAUCACCGUUCUAUCCUCACUGUUCCUUGGAUUGUGGAGUUUCUUUCCCUUGCAGAUCAUAUUGCUCCUUUCCUUGAUUACUAUAGGAAGGUAUUUUGUCUCUUGCUGCAGGUAUACAGGUUAAUGGUCCUUUCUGAAGAUAAGGAGAUGAGUUUCCUGAACAAGCUGCUGAUCCUUGCAGUUCUGGGAUGGCUUUUUCAGGUUCCAUCGGUCCCUGAAGAGUUGUUUUUUGCCACUGAUGUCAGGCAGGAGGGAGUGAUGGUGGAUACUGUGACGUCUGCUCAGGCUUUGGACUCUGUGCCCUUGGUGGAUCAGCAGUUACUUUAUACCUGCUGUCCCUACCUUGGUGAGCUGCGGAAACUACUUGCCUCUUUUGUGGCUGGUAGCGGAGCAAAAAAUGGUGGCUUUAUAAGGAAAAUCACUCCAACAGCUGCAGAGUCUUUGGCACCCAAGACUUCUGUCACACAACGGAAACUGCAGGUGGAGUUGGAGCAGGCCUUCUUCCACAACCAGCCUCCCUCCCUGCGGAGAACAGUUGAAUUUGUGGCAGAGAGGGUGGGAUCCAACUGUGUUAAGCACAUCAAGGCAACACUGGUAGCAGAGUUGGUUCAAAGGGCUGAAGUCAUGUUGCAGGAUAAAGUGAAGGAGGAGGAUGCUAAUCACGACAAGCUGCUUGAAGAGGUGUGCGCUCAUCUGUAUGAGGAAGGGGCCCAGGCACUCAUCAAAGGCAGAGAAUUUUGCAAAAAAAAAGGUCCUGAGGCGGUAAGGGUGUUAUUGCCAGAAGAAACAUCUGCAGCAGUUUUAAAUAGUGCGGAAGACAUUGCAGUGGAACUAGCUACUGAGAAGGCCUGUGGCUGGCUUUCUGCCAACAUUGCAGUGGGAAGCAUGCAGUUGCUCUGUCCCUCCUUCUUUAGGAAUAAGAGGAGUGAUUUCCAGCUCCAAGAAUCUUCUUCAGCACUAAUAAAAAGAGAAGUGAAGGCAACCUUCAACAGAAUGCUGAAAGUCCCAGGGCUUCCCUUGCCCAGUGAGGAUGCUCUGGAGUUGAGAAGGGACUGCCCACCAGGCUGUCAGCACCGUGCCCCAUUUCCCUCCCAGAUCAUCAACGAGAUUAAGGAUGUGCUCUGUGUUGCUGUGGGCCCACGGGAUGAAGGUGAAGUGAUUGACCACGACCUGCUGGAGUGCCUGCUGGGAAGACUGAGUCAGACGCUUCGGUGCAGAAAGUUCAUGUGUCCGACAUCAGAACAGCAGCUGGCAAAGUGUACAGUUGAGUUGGCUUCUUUGCUGGUGUCAGAUCGUGUUCCUCUGAGUCUUGGGAUCAAGGCCCCAGAGAAGAGCUCUGAGAGGUUGCGAGUAAAGAGCAAUCCCGCAUACGGCCUUCUGAAACUGCUGCUUUCCGUCUGGAAGGAGGACUUCGGGAUGCCUGUUCCUGUGCAGCUGAUGUUCAGCAGGAAGAACAUCGGUUACCUUUCGGAAGUCAAGCAGCGGGAGUGGGACUUGUUCCUUUUCAUGCUUCAUGGUCUUGUAGAACAUGAUCUUAUGAGAACCAGUGAAAUAGAGAGUUGUUUGCGUAGCCUUGGAGAGCUCCCUUGGCCCUCAGAUUUCCUAAAAGAACUGGAAAUGCUGUCCCGAGUAUUUACAUCAGAACAUCAUAUAGAAGAGCCCAGGACUAACCCUCGUGAACUGACAAGACAAUCACUAGGUACCGUGACAGCACAAAGUUAGCGGAGAAGGACUCUCUGAGGAUUAAAAAAAGUACUAAUGAAGAUGCAAAUAGAUUUUUUUAGUGUUUCUGAAUGCAUUGUGAGGCCCUUGCUUGGGAGAAUACUGCGUAGGAGAGAUCUGUGCAAAAACUGCACUGGUCUUUCUGCUCACAGACACUUUGCAAUGGUGACUAUGCUGAAGGAUUCACAUCAAGUGGAUCGCCGAGUCAGAAAUCCCUUAAGCACCUUGAUCAUGGCUCAGAGCAGCCCUUUUUUAGACUCACCAACACUUUUGUAUUUGUACUGUGGCCAAACCCAGGGCUCAUUUCAAGUGGACAAGUUACUCUGUGACCAGAGCAUGCCUGGUAGCUGGUUCUUCUCUUCGUGUCUUUUAAUAGACUGUACUGUCAGGGGAGGGAAAAAGUAAACCCGUACGACAUGGAGAUGAGCCUAUAUUUAUUUUUCACUGUAAGCUCAAUUUCAGAGGUUUGAUUUUAAUUUUUUUAAGACUCAUUUUAAAAGUAAAACCAUAUUAAAUAUAUACACCAGAACAUUGAUGAUACUAUUCUUAAAGGAUGUAGAUGCUUAGGUUUUUUUCCAUCUUUUGAUGGAAAUGGAACUUGUAAUUUCCUGGGUUUUUUAAUAGAAAUAAGGGAGGAAAUAUCUGAUUAUAUUUUUUACUGAAGGCAGAUAGCAGUAUUUUUAAGACUUUUUUAAAGUAUGUGAACAUAAAUGAGGUGUAGCUGCUAUUCACUGUUGCUUAUAAUCCUUGCCUUGAGUUUGAGUUUUAUCAGACAGGAAAUGCUUCAGCAAGAAAACUACAGCCUGGAAGACCAGACAAAAAAUGUAGUGAAAAAGCAGCGUGACAUCCUCUGGAGAGCUGGUUUGAGAGGCCUCCUUUCUGUGAAGGUCAGAGGGCACUUCCUGCCCUUUGCCAAGGGUGUGACUUCCGUGCACCCUCCAAGUAUCUCUAAACUGGAGUUUGGGGUAGGGACUGCUGGUGGUUAGCAGAAUAUUAGUUACUCAGUAGAUGUCUCUUGAGGAUUUUGUUUUCUUCCUGUAACAGAAUACUUUUUCCUCUAGCAUGUCUAGGUGUGUGAUGUUAAUGCUGGUUUGUCAGAAGGAAAUACUGUGUUUUGGACAAAGUGAAGUCCAGUGCUCUUUCUCUUGCUACUUUACUGCUUUCGUGUAUAAAAUGGGAAAAAGCAUCUGAGUCAAUUGAGGAAAAACACAACCAGGACUAAUUAGGUAGAACUGUUACUUCUGUUAAACUGUGACAUGGAGAGAGAAACCACAGAGGAAGGUCAGUCUGAACUGUACUGAGAUUUUCUUGAUUUGGUGACUAAGCAUUGUAUUGAAAGCUACAGCAUGUGCCAUCUCUGUGCCUUUUUUUAGGGAUUUUUUUUUUAAAUGACCUGAAUGAAGCAGAGGUUUCCUAAAAGUAGGCAUGCUGUGCAUAUGGUAAGGGCAUGGUAAUACAAAUGGAAGUAGCAAAUAUACCAUAUCAUUCCAUACCUGCUCCCUGAGGCUAUUAUGUGACGUUUUGCUGCAGCCCUCACUUGAAGUUGUUGUUUGUCAUAAUAAACAUGAUUAAAUGUCCUGUUUUGUGUCCAAGCUGGUGAUAUACAACCUCUUUGUACUGGGGUAAGGUACAGAAAGGUACGUUGCCACGAAGCAUCGUGCAGAAAACAUACAGUAACUUCUGUCCUGCGUGCUAUCGCUUUGCUUAUACUGGAAUAUAAUACUUUGUUACAUGGAGGGAGAAGGUUGAAUCAAUAAUGAUAAAAAUGUGCUCUCGUCUCUGGAACUGACUUUAUUUAGGUAUUAUAUAUAAAACUCUUUGCAUAGAUACCCUAGCCAGUACUGGUUUCAUGACCGCGACAUACCUGAAUUAUCCUUCUCUAACACUACGUGCCUGGAAAUUGUCCUUUGAAAGGUGGCCAAGCCUGAGGACCAGUUUACUACUACCCGAGUGCACAGUUGUGCCCUGUUGGGCAGAAUUCAGUUCUUCAGUGGGAAGCAGCAG